AUGGAUGCUCAUGGAGAUUUGAGUGCAAAGCGAAAGCGCAGCACUGCCUCCAAUGCUGCUGAGCGUCCCAACAAGCAGCUUCGACCCGAGGGUGCCAUCUUGACCCCCGGCGACGCAACACCCGCCAACGGAACUGUGUACAAUGUCGAGGAGGACUUGGAUGAAGCGCCUUCACCUGCUGUAGCCCCUGCUCCGGCAGAUUCGCCUGAGUGGCAGGCUACUAUUGAGAAGGUCGUGAAGAGUGCCGUCUCGAUUCACUUCUGUCAGACUUGCUCGUUUGACACGGAGCUCUCCAUGUCCAGCCAGGCUACGGGCUUUGUUGUGGAUGCAAAGCGUGGGUACAUCUUGACCAAUCGCCAUGUGGUUGGUGCCGGUCCUUUCUGGGGAUACUGUAUCUUCGAUAAUCACGAGGAGUGCGAUGUCAAGCCUGUCUACCGGGACCCCGUUCACGAUUUCGGUAUUUUGCAGUUCGAUCCCGCGAAGAUUCGGUACAUGGCUCUCACCGAGCUCAAGCUUCAACCUGAUGGAGCACGAGUUGGCACGGAAAUCCGUGUGGUGGGUAACGAUGCCGGAGAAAAGCUGAGCAUUCUGUCCGGUGUAAUUAGUCGAUUGGACCGAAAUGCCCCCGAAUAUGGCGAGGGAUACUGUGAUUUCAACACGAACUAUAUUCAGGCCGCAGCUGCAGCUAGUGGUGGUAGUUCUGGAAGUCCAGUCGUCAACAUCGAUGGCCAUGCAGUCGCUUUGCAGGCUGGUGGCAGAGCCGAUGGAGCUGCAACGGACUAUUUCUUGCCGUUGGAUCGCCCGCGUCGCGCACUAGAGUGUAUCCAGGAAGGCAAGCCUGUCACUCGUGGUACCAUCCAGACCCAGUGGGUCUUGCGGCCUUUCGACGAGUGCCGUCGUCUCGGUCUAACUCCGGAGUGGGAGGCUGCCGUUCGUGCGGCUGCGCCUGCUGAGACAAACAUGCUUGCAGCUGAGAUCAUUUUGCCUGAAGGUCCUGCCGAUGGUAAGCUUCUAGAAGGAGAUGUGCUUUUGAAGGUCAAUGGAGAGCUUCUCACGCAGUUUGUCCGUCUCGACGAUAUCCUGGACUCGAGCGUUGGUGGUGUGAUCAAGCUGCUGGUUCAGAGAGGAGGUCAGGAUGUUGAGGUCGAAUGCCAAGUGGGCGAUCUCCACGAAAUCACUCCAGACCGAUUCGUGACUGUUGCCGGCGCUACAUUCCACAAUCUGUCUUACCAGCAGUCCCGCCUUUAUGCGAUUGCCACUCGCGGAGUCUACGUCUGUGAAUCGGCAGGCUCAUUUAAACUGGAGAACACUGUGGCUGGAUGGAUCAUCGAUUCCAUUGACAAGCGACCAAUUCGUAAUCUCAACGAGUUCGUAGAAGUCAUGAAGGGCAUUCCUGAUCGAACUCGUGUGGUAAUCUCUUACCGUCACAUUCGUGACCUUCACACAAAAGGAACAAGCAUCAUUUACGUCGACCGUCACUGGCACCCGAAGAUGCGCUUGGCCGUCCGAAAUGACGACUCUGGCAUCUGGGAUUUUUCUGACAUCGCCGAUCCUAUUCCUGCUGAACCCCCUGUCCCCAUGGAGGCGAAUUUCAUCCAGCUGGAUGGCAUCAGCCAGCCUGCUGCGGCUGAAAUCGUGCGUAGCUUCGUGCGCGUGUCUUGUAUCAUGCCGUUGAAGCUGGAUGGAUACCCACAGGCGAAGAAGACUGGAUUUGGUCUGGUUAUUGACGCUGAAAAGGGUCUGGUGGUCGUGUCUCGAGCUAUCGUGCCCUAUGACCUUUGUGACAUCAACAUCACCGUGGCCGACUCAAUCAUUGUCAGUGCCAAGGUGGUCUUCCUCCACCCGCUUCAGAACUAUACCAUCAUUCAAUAUGACCCCAGCCUCGUAAAGGCUCCAGUCAAGAGCGCUCAGCUCAGCACUAACUACAUCAAGCAAGGCCAAGAUACUAUCUUCGUUGGCUUCAACCAAAACUACCGCAUCGUUGUGGCAAAGACCACUGUCACUGACAUCACAACUGUCUCGAUCCCCGCAAAUUCCGCGGCUCCUCGUUACCGCGCCAUCAACCUGGAUGCCGUCACUGUGGACACCGGACUCAGCGCGCAAUGUUCAAAUGGUGUGUUGGUCGGUGAAGACGGCGUGGUACAGGCCCUGUGGCUGAACUACCUUGGCGAGCGCUCUGCCAGCUCCCACAAGGAUAUCGAAUACCACCUCGGACUUGCCACGCCAUACCUGCUCCCCGUGACUGAGAAGAUCCAGAAAGGAGUGACCCCCAAGCUGCGCAUCUUGAACAUGGAAAGCUACGUCGUGCAGAUGAGCCAGGCUCGUAUCAUGGGUGUCUCCCAGGACUGGAUUAACAAGGUCACCGAGGCCAACCCCUCGCGCCACCAGCUCUUCAUGGUGCGCAAGGUUGACAGCCCGCCUGCAGCUGUCACACCCGACCCUACCACUAGUUUCCAGGAGGCUGAUAUCAUCCUCACUUUGGACGGUCAGCUUAUCACUCGUGUCUCCGAGCUAGAUGUCAUGUAUGAGAAGGAUGUCCUAGACGCAGUGGUUGUUCGUAACGGCGAGGAAGUCAGCAUCCGCGUCCCGACAGUUCACACUGAGGACAUCGAGACGGACCGCGCUCUUGUCUUCUGUGGUGCUGUCCUGCAAAAGCCGCAUCACGCUGUUCGCCAGCAGAUCUCCAAGGUUCACAGUGAGAUCUACGUGAGCGCAAGGAGCCGCGGUUCCCCCGCUUACCACUACGGUCUUGCUCCUACCAACUUCCUCACUGCUGUCAACAGUGUCUCGACCCCAGACUUAGACAGCUUCAUUCGGGAGGUGCGCAAGAUCCCCGAUAACGAGUACUUCCGCAUUCGCGCCGUCACCUUUGACAACGUUCCAUGGGUGGUCACCAUGAAGAAGAACGACCACUACUUCCCCAUGUCCGAAUAUGUCAAGGACCCCACCGUCCCAGCCGGUUGGCGCACCAUCUCCUACGAGACCCAAAUCGGUGUUGCUCCCGAUGCAGCCAACCUGAACCCCGAAGCCAUGGACGAGGGCGUUGAGGGAGGCAGUGAUAUCGAGCCUGAUAUGGAAUGA